UCUCUCAGUACCUUGUGCAUUGAGGGGUUGAAUCCAAUUGAUGAGCUCUCCUGGGAACACCUUUGGGAAUAACGCUUCCAAGCGCCUUGAGCAAACCUCCACGGAAAAUUCUCGAUCAGCUGAAUUCAGGGGCCAGUUGUUGCAAUACGACACUCCAGCUCCUCUCUGCUUUCACACCCUCAGCCAAACCUGCCAUGAUCUCCCGGCUGGAGCGAGGGGAGGAGCCGAGCAUCCUGAUUCUCCAGGACUCCAAGGAAAGGGAGGGCCUGAGAGAAGGUGCCAGGACAGCGAGUGAGAACGAGGAGGAGAACCUCCAGCAGGAAAGGUCUGCGGGAACAGAGCUGCACAGGACGUCAGCCAUACAGCGGGGAGGAGCCAGCGAGAGCCCGGGAGGGGCAGGACAGCAGCAGGGAGAGCACCUAGAGGAGAACGAAGCCGGCCUGGGGGAGAAACACUACCAGUGCACCCAGUGCCACAAACGCUUCAGCCGCAGCUCCAACCUGCUCCGUCACCAGCGCUCCCACACGGGUGAAAAGCCGUUUCGCUGCACCGUGUGUGGGAAGGGCUUCACGCAGUGCGGGAACCUCACGGAGCACAGCCGGAUCCACGCUGGGGAGCGCCCCUUCCGGUGCCCCCAGUGCGGGAAGGCCUUCGCCGUGAGUGCCUCCCUGCGCCAGCACCGCCGCAGCCACACCGGGGAGCGGCCCUACACGUGCCUAGAGUGCGGGAAGGGCUUUGGGGUGAGCUCUGCGCUCGUGGUCCACCAACGCAUCCACACCGGGGAGCGGCCCUACCGGUGCGGGGAGUGCGGGCGCGGCUUCUGCCGCAGCUCCAACCUGGUACGGCACCGGCGCACCCACACCGGGGAGCGGCCCUACUGCUGCGCCCAGUGCGGCAAGCGCUUUGGGAAGAGCUCCGCCCUGAUCCAGCACCAGCACACCCAUACCAGCGAGCACCCCUACCGGUGCCCUGACUGUGGGCAGGGCUUCAGCCAGGCCUCCCACCUGGCCCAGCACCAGCGCACCCACACCGGGGAGCGGCCCUACGCCUGUGCCGAGUGCGGGGGGCGCUUCGGGGAGAGCUCCAACCUCAUCAAGCACCAGCGGGUGCACUCGGGGGAGCGGCCCUACAAGUGCCCCCGGUGCGGGAAAAGGUUCGGCCGCCACUCCAACCUGAUCCACCACCAGCGCACCCACUUGGACGCCAAGCCCUUCAAAUGCCCUGACUGCGGGAAGGGCUUCACCCAGAGCAGCCGCUACACCCAGCACUGCCGGGUCCACGCCGGCCAGAAGCCCUACCAGUGCCCCCAGUGUGGGAAGGGCUUCAGCCAGAGCUCCCACUACACCUACCACCAGCGCGGCCACACGGGAGAGCGGCCCUUCCGCUGUGCCGGCUGCGGGAAGGGCUUUAGCCGCAGCUCCAACCUGAUCCGGCACCAGAGGAUCCACAGUGAGGGGAGACCCCAUCAAUGCCCUGACUGCGGGAAGGGUUUCACCUGCAGCUCCCACCUCCUCCAGCACCAGCGCACCCACACUGGCGAGAGACCCUUCCAGUGCCCCGACUGCGGGAAGGGCUUUGGGGUCAGCUCUCACCUCGUUGUCCACCAGCGGGUCCACACGGGGGAGCGCCCCUACAAAUGCCCCAACUGCGGGAAGAGCUUCAGCCAGAGCUCCCACCUGGCCAAGCACCAGCGCACCCACACCGGGGAGCGGCCCUACAGGUGUGCGGCCUGCGGGAAGAGCUUUGGGGACAGCUCCUACCUGAUCCAGCACCAGCACACCCACACCGGGGAAAGCCCCGGCCUGGCCGGUGGGAUGGGUGCGGAGGAGAGGCCUUACCCUUGUCCCCAGUGCGGGAAGAGCUUUGGCACCAAGCUGGCUCUGAGCCGGCACCAGAAGGUGCACAGCGAGGAGCGGCCCUAUGAGUGCGCUGAAUGCGGGAAGAGCUUCAAGCUGAGCCGGCUGCUUAUCCAACACCAGCGGAUCCACACCGGGGAGCGGCCCUACCGAUGCCCCGACUGCGGGCAGAGCUUCGGCCGCAGCUCCCACCUCCGCUCGCACCAGCACAUCCACACCGGCGAGAAACCCCACCCCUGCCCUGACUGCGGGAAGGGCUUCAGCCACGGCUUCCAGCUGGCUCAGCACCGGCGCGUCCACACGGGGGAGCGGCCCUACGGGUGCCCUGACUGCGGGCGCAGCUUCAGCCACCGCUCCACCCUCAUCAAGCACCAGCGCACCCACACCGGGGAGCGGCCCUACCACUGCGCCCAGUGUGGCAAGGACUUCAACUGGAGCUCAGCGUUCAUCAAGCAUCGCCGGACCCACUCGGAGGAGCGGCCCUUCCGCUGCGCGGACUGCGGGAAGGGCUUCCGUGAGAGCUGCACCCUCAUCCAGCACCAGAAGAUCCACUCGGAAGAGAAACCCUACAAAUGCCCCAACUGCUGCAAAAGCUUCAGCCUCAGCUCCUACCUCGCCAGGCACCAGAAAAUGCACACGGCCUAGGGACGCCAGCGGGGGGGGGCCUGCCCUGCCCGCACAGGGGCAUUGUGGGUACCUUUCUGAAGUGGGUAUGCACCCCCUGCUUGCACAGAGAUGUUCUCUUGUCUUCCUCUGGUGACUGGAGCGUGUAUGAGAAUUUAGGUGGAAUUUGUGGCCCUGGAGGUUGUUAAGAACAGUUCCAGAUCUCGGACAGGUCCCACCUCUAAUUGAUGGUCUAGGUAUAGUUGAUCCUGCCUCAAUGCGGAGGGGAGGACUAGAUGACUUCUCAAGGACCCUUCCAGCCCUACAUUUCUAUGACUCUGUGAGUCUGCUGCUAACCCCUAAACUGAUUUCGUCCCAUGGGAAAUUCAAACCUUGAAUUUCAGAGAUUUUAAAAAUUUGAUUUUUUGUCCCGGUUUGUUGAAAGCUCAGAAUUUUUCACAAAAUAUUAUUAUUGGGCAAAAUAUUUCAUCGGAUUUAUUGCUUUGACUAAUUAUAUCUUCUAUGAUACAAGAGGCAGUGUGCUCUAGGGCAGUGUUUCGCCACCAGGGCCUUUUCUUGUGGCCACAGCCUCCUGGGCUGUGAUGGGGGCGGAGAGGCGCAAAGCAGUGGCCCCAUUGCCAGGGCCGCCAGCAGUGGUUGGUCUCUGCCCCCCUCUGGAGUCACGCUGGAGGUGCAGGCAACUGGUGAAUUCCCCACUUUCCCAGGGGUGGGGGCAGGCAGGCUUCAGCCAUGGGGCUUCGGUCUCCAUCCACGCCGUGGCAGGCUCUGGUUCAGACUCUGGCCCCAGGCUCACCAUCCCCUACAUCCCCCCGCUAUUAUCCCUGGGCCCUGCAGCCUCCCUGCCCCCUCCCCAUCCAGGGCUUUAUCUGUCCCAGGGCUUGCCUGGACUGAGUAAGUCUGCUGUGAAAAGUGAUAUUAACAAAUAUGCAAAGAUCACUUUCACAGCAGAAGACUUACCAGCUAGCAAGUCUUAGGGGGGGGAAAAAGCGCAACCAAAAAAGCAAAAGAAACAACAAAAAAGACAAGAACAUGCG